AUGACAAACAAGGUGCAAAAGACUUGCUACAUAAAAUUUUCUUUCUUUUUUUCUUGCUUUUUUUCUGUUUUUCUUUCUUUCUUUUUUUUGUCUUUCAUUAUUUUUCAGUCGUUCUGUCUGUCUGUUUUUCUUUCUUGUUUUCGUUUUUUCUUUGUUUAUUAUGUUGUUUCUUUCUUUCUCUUCUUGUUUCUUUCUUUCGUUGUUUCUCUUUCAUUACUUCUCUCUUUCUCUCACUCUCUCUCUUUCUCUCUCUCACUCUCUCUCUCUCUUUCCCCUUUCCGAAUUUUCUUACCAUUUUUCCUAUCUUUAAUAAGCUAUUUUUUCUCUCGUCCUUUCUUGAUUUUUCUCUUCUCUAUCUAUCUAUCUAUCUAUCUAUCUAUCUAUCUAUCGAUCGAUCGAUCGAUCGAUCGAUUUAUCUAUUUUGUACAUUCGCUUCAUUUUCUCUUUUCUUUUCACCAUCAGGCGUUUCUCUCUUUCACACUCUUUCUCUCUCUUUCUCCCUCCUUUCUCUCUCUCUCUCUCUCACACACACACACACUCUCUUCCUCUUCUGUUCUUUUCGCUUUUCUCAUCAAGUAUUUGUCUCUUUUUUUUUCCCUCCUCUAUGUCCACCAAAUAGUUGUCUCUCUUUCUUCUCCUUAUCUUUCUAUCUAUCAAAAAAUAUUCUCUUCGUCUCUUUUCCCCUUUUCUCUAUUCGUGAUGUACUUCUUUUUUCUCCUCUCUAUUUAUCAUGUAUUUGCCUCUCUCUUGUAUUCACCUUUCGCAUCAAUUAUUUGUCUCUUUCUCUCUUCUCUCUAUCCAUCAAUUAUUUGUUUCUCUUUCCUCUUUUUCAAUACAAUAUUCUUCUUCUUCUUCUUCUUCUUCUUCUUCUUCUUCUUCUUCUCCUCCUCCUCCUCCUCCUCCUCUCUCCAUCUAUCCAUUUCUUUAUACUUUCCAUCAUUCUUUACACUUUUUAUUCUUUUUUUUUAA